GACGGAAGACCGGCGUACGCCGAGCGUCGCGUCGCGGGAGCAGCAGCAUCAGCGGCCGAGCACCGAGGCGCUGUUCCCGCGACAUGGCCUUCAAUUUUGGGACUCCCUCGGGCACCUCCGGCACCGCUGCCGCCACUGCGGCACCCGCGGGAGGGUUUGGAGGAUUUGGGACGACAUCAACAAGUGCAGGUUCUGCAUUCAGCUUUUCUGCCCCAGCAAACACAGGCACUACUGGACUCUUCAGUGGCACUCAGAACAAAGGUUUUGGAUUUGGUACUGGUUUUGGCACAGCAACAGGAACUAGUACUGGUUUAGGUACUGGUUUGGGAACUGGCCUGGGAUUUGGAGGAUUCAAUACACAGCAGCAACAGCAGCAAACUACAUUAGGUGGUCUCUUCAGUCAGCCUACACAAGCUCCUACCCAGUCCAACCAACUGAUAAAUACUGCAAGUGCUCUUUCUGCUCCAACAUUAUUGGGAGAUGAGAGAGAUGCUAUUUUGGCAAAAUGGAAUCAACUGCAAGCCUUUUGGGGAACAGGAAAAGGAUAUUUCAACAAUAAUAUUCCUCCAGUAGAAUUUACACAAGAAAAUCCCUUUUGUCGAUUUAAGGCUGUAGGUUAUAGCUGUAUGCCAAAUAAUAAAGAUGAAGAUGGUCUAGUGGUUUUAGUUUUCAACAAGAAAGAAACAGAUAUUCGAAAUCAACAACAGCAGUUGGUAGAAUCACUACAUAAAGUUUUGGGAGGAAACCAGACCCUUACUGUAAAUGUAGAGGGUAUUAAAACAUUGCCAGAUGAUCAGACAGAAGUUGUCAUUUAUGUUGUUGAGCGUUCUCCUAAUGGUACCUCAAGAAGAGUUCCAGCUACAAUACUCUACUCCCAUUUUGAACAAGCCAAUAUAAAAACACAGUUGCAGCAACUUGGUGUCACACUUUCUAUGACAAGAACAGAACUUUCUCCUGCACAGAUCAAACAGCUUUUACAGAAUCCUCCUGCUGGUGUUGAUCCUAUUAUUUGGGAACAAGCCAAGGUGGAUAAUCCUGAUUCUGAAAAGUUAAUUCCUGUACCCAUGGUGGGUUUCAAAGAACUUCUUCGAAGACUGAAGGUUCAAGAUCAGAUGACUAAGCAGCAUCAGACCAGAUUAGAUAUCAUAUCUGAAGAUAUUAGUGAACUACAAAAGAAUCAGACUACAACCGUGGCCAAAAUUGCACAAUACAAGAGGAAACUCAUGGAUCUGUCCCAUAGAACUUUACAGGUCCUAAUCAAACAGGAAAUUCAAAGAAAGAGUGGUUAUGCCAUCCAGGCUGACGAAGAGCAGUUGCGGGUUCAGUUAGAUACAAUCCAGUGUGAACUAAAUGCACCUACUCAGUUCAAGGGCCGGCUAAAUGAACUGAUGUCCCAGAUCAGGAUGCAGAAUCAUUUUGGAGCAGUCAAAUCUGAAGAAAGAUACUAUGUAGAUGCAGAUCUAUUACGAGAAAUCAAGCAGCAUUUGAAACAACAACAGGAAGGCCUUAGCCACUUGAUUAGCAUCAUAAAAGAUGAUCUAGAAGAUAUAAAAUUGGUAGAACAUGGAUUGAAUGAAACCAUCCACAUCAGAGGCGGUGUCUUUAGUUGACAAUUAACUUGGAUUUGGGUCUGUAAAAUGCUUUCUCUUACUACAUCAGGCCUUCCUUAAGAUAACCACAUGGAAGGAAAAGGAAGGAAGGAUCCUCUCCUGUCUGGGAUUUUUGAGAUUACUGACAAAUUCACCUCACAGUUCUUCAAAGAUUUCCAUCUAAAAGUUUCAGUCACUUAAUAAGAGAAGUACAUAACUCCCCAAAGUCUAUGUACUUUGUACAUUUUUACGACAGCUUUGCACGUAAUUACAGUGUUUAAUUUGUGUAUUGGCUGCUGGAGAUUUGUUCUUCAGGAUGUAAAUCAGUUUUUAAUCUGUGAGUUCAACUGUGGGAGGAGUAAAGAAAAUUCAAAAGUA